AUGACGACAAGGAUAAAUAAAGAGAUCGAGAGUGCCAAUAUGAAUUUCAUUGACAUUCUAAACACAAUUCCACCAGAAAACGCAUCUUUAACUUUCUUCGCUGCUCUACCAUGUAGUCGCCCAUAUUUGAACGAUUCCAGCCCCUACCAGCUUAUCACAUUGCCAUCUAGAUACAAGAAAAAUGACUCAUCAGAUAUGUUCUUCCGCGAAACCAUGAAUACCCCAAGCACUUUCCCUCAUACCCUUGCGUUCAUCAGGAAAGAGAUCUUGAGAAGCAACCAUUUGACAUGGGAGAACCUGGAUCGAGAGCAGAUUGGGCCGGAUAUCGUCCUACUCGUACACCUAGGCUCAGGGGGGAAUGGGUUCCGCGACACGGCCCACGGUGGCGUACUCGCUGCACUUCUCGAUGAGACGUUAGGAUGCUGCAUCGAAUCCUGGGCGAUUCAGCUCCAUGCCAGUGAACAAGCAUCCUCGGCGACGCGACCACGCUCAUAUACCGCUAAAUUGAAUAUCUUAUACCAUGCGCCGGUAGAAUCACCGGGCAUCAUCAUCGUUCACGCCUGGUUUAAGAAAAGAGAGGGCAGAAAGUGGUUUCUAGGCGCCAAGAUCCUGGGGGGAAAUGGUCGCACUCGAGCGGAGGCGUCGGCCUUGUGGAUCAGUGAAAGAGUUACCGUCAUGUAA